GAAGGGGAAAAACAGCAGAAACACUAAGAAUGAGGGAGAGGUGAGGAAUCUCCAGGCUGCUGAAAGCUCCCUAGGUGCAGGUGUGCUGGGUUUAGUGGAGCAGCAGGACCCUGUACUUUCAGAGACCAUGUCCAAUGGAGAGGUGUUGGCCCCCACAGUUCCCUUUUCAAGGGGCUGUAAAGCCAGAGCAAGUCUUCCUGUGGGCCGCUUGAGUGGUCAGACAAGAGAGAGGCCACUUGGUGUGUUGUACCUGCAGUAUGGGGAGGAGACAAAGCAAGUCAGGAUGCCGGCUAGGAUCAGCAGUCAGGACACUCUGCGGGCUCUGUUUGUCACCGCCUUCCCUCAUCAGCUCACCAUGAAUAUGCUGCAUUCUCCCAACAUGGCCAUCUACGUCAAAGACGCCAGCCGCAACAUCUACUAUGACCUGCAGGACAUCAGAAACAUCACAUCCCACUCCUGUCUGAAGGUUUAUCAUAAAGACCCAGCACAGGUGUUCACCCGCCAUGGCAGGCCUGCCAAAACAGAGGGAAGGAUCUCCAAAGAAGUGUUGUACGGUGGUCACAGUCCAGUUAACACCCUGUCAUCUUCCGGCCACAGCACACUGCACAGCCUGCAGGGCUCCAUGUCUCCCCCUUUGGUCCGCUCCACACCCUCCUCUCCCUCCAGGAUGGCAUACAUGGCGGGGGGGGCAGGGGUGUUGGAUCCAGGCAACACCACAUUAUCACGGGUGGUUCGAUCUAGAACCAUCUGCACCAGCAGCAGUGUCAUACUGGAGAGGAGAGAUGUCAGACCUGAUGAGGACGUUGACAGCAGUAAGAUCAAGGCCUUGGUGGUGCGUGGUGAAGGAGGACUGCAUUACCCAGACUCCUACUGCUCCUCCCUGCAGGACGGAGGAGGGGGUCACCACAGCUUUGCCUCCUUCCAAUGCAGUGCUCCUCCCUCUCUCACUGCAGUCAAGUUGGAUGCUGGGGUUGCAAGGAUCCCAGGGGGGUUGCAGCAGUACCGGGCCUCCAUUAAACCCCUGAUGGGCUACGGAGGAGGCAUGGAGCACCCGACCUGCUCCCUCCACAGAGUCGGUGAAAUCAAAAUGAUUGACAGACAGAACACCAGAGGUGUGAGCCUGAUGUCUCUGGAGAGGACGUCACCGAUUCGUCAGUCUCUGCGCCGGAACAGUAAUGGAGCCACUGUGGAGAUCAUAAACAGAAGUGGAGGAAGUGGCUCUUCAUCUUCCACCUCAGCUGUUUUUGUGGGCAGCCCUCUGGUACAACCUGAGAGAUUGUUUCAGGGUCAUGUGACUGCCAGCAACAGCCAGAGUGAGAGAAUUAAAGCCAUGGAGGAGCAGAUAGCCAGUCUAGCGGGGCUGGUACACCAUGCUCUUUCUUUGGGACCAGGAGUCAUGGACACAGUCAGGAGUGUCAUCUGA